UAUGGGGUGUGAGAAUUAUUUUUCUUUAGAAAGCGGAGAAUAAAAUUAGGGUGUGUUGCAUUUUCAAGGCCGGCGAGCGUUUCGCGGGAAAAUCGGCGGAGGGAUACAGCGAAGGGGGUUUUUAUUGCAGUCGGCUGCCGUCUCAGCUGUGAUUCUCACGCUGCUGUUGACAGAGUGCGCGUCGUCCUCGUAGGGUCGCCGGUGCAGCCUUUGCAGCUCCUCAUGCAUGCUUCACACAGCUUCACUGAGAACGACCGCAACGCCUCUGCCGAAGGAUUUAAUGGUUCUUUCGUACUGGAAUAACUUUCCUGCUCUUUUUUGCGCUUUUUGGAUCGAUUUCCCUCCCCCGUCUUCUUUGGCCAGCAAUUUUAAAUCUAAAAGCUUCACAAUAAGGACAGAAACACCAGACACAUCAUGCCGCUGAAUUCAAGUUUAACGAGUAAAAACUAUGACUAUGAUUACGACUCUCUUCAACCGUAUUUCUACUAUGACAACGAGGAGGAGGAUUUCUACCCACAGCAGCUUCAGCCUCCGGCACCGAGCGAAGACAUCUGGAAGAAAUUUGAACUGCUGCCGACCCCUCCCCUCUCCCCGAGCCGCCGGCCGUCCCUGUCAAGCCUCUUCCCCUCCACGGCGGAUCAGCUGGAGAUGGUGACCGAGUUCCUUGGCGACGACGUGGUCAACCAGAGCAUCAUCUGCGACGCCGACUACUCCCAGACCUUCCUCAAGUCCAUCAUCAUCCAGGACUGCAUGUGGAGCGGCUUCUCCGCCGCGGCCAAGCUGGAGAAGGUGGUCUCCGAGCGGCUCGCCUCCUUACACGCUGCGAGGAAGGAGUCGGCGGCCGGUGACAGCUCGGUGCCCGCCGGUGCUGCGGCAUGGAGGCUGAACAGCAGCUACCUGCAAGACCUGAACACAUCCGCCUCGGAGUGCAUUGAUCCAUCUGUGGUUUUCCCAUAUCCGAUAGCAGAGACGCCCAAGCAGAGCGCAGGGACGCCGCCUACUAAGGAUUUGGGACUGGACACGCCACCAAACAGCGGCAGCAGCAGCAGCAGUUGUAGUGACUCAGAUGAGGAUGGAGACGACGAUGAUGAGGAGGAGGACCAGGAGGAAGAGGAGGAGAUCGAUGUGGUCACAGUGGAGAAGAGACAGGCGGUUAAACGGUGUGACCCCAGCCCACUGGAGACCAGGCAUCCCAGCCCGCUCGUGCUGAAGAGGUGCCACGUCUCCACCCACCAGCAUAAUUACGCCGCCCAUCCAUCCAUGAGGCACGAGCAGCCGGCUGUCAAGAGGCUGAAGCUGGAGAGCAGCAGCGGAGGUGGGGGCGGUGGCCACAGCAGGGUCCUCAAACAGAUCAGCAGCAACCGCAAGUGUUUGAGCCCCCGGACGUCUGACACGGAGGACUAUGACAAGAGAAGGACUCAUAACGUACUGGAGCGCCAGAGGAGGAACGAGCUCAAGUUGAGCUUCUUUGCCCUGCGGGACGAGAUCCCCGAAGUGGCCAACAACGAGAAGGCAGCCAAAGUGGUCAUCCUGAAGAAGGCUACAGAGUGCAUUUACAGCAUGCAGUCAGACGAACAGAGACUCCUCUCACUCAAAGAGCAGCUGAGGAGGAAAAGUGAACUUUUAAAGCAGAGACUGGUACAGCUGCAAGGCUCUCGCGCUUAAAGUUUGAAUCAGACUUUUUGGCCUUUUGUUUUUUAUGCAAGUUUAAGACUUAGGGUGUACAGUUGUUGUUGCAUGCAAAUGCAAAAUGGAUUAAGUUGUUUGGAAUCUUGUUUGAUUUCAAUGUUAAAACUGCCUCAAUAGAAGUUAUGGGUGGAUUAAAUAUUUAAAAGUUUAUUUUUAUUAAUAAAAUAUUAAAAAUGGGACUGUCCCGUUUGGGGUCCCAAACCAAAAUAUAAAUUUUUAUGUUUUGUAUAUAAAUAUUUCCUAAGAAAAUGUAUUUUUGGAUCUCAAUUGUCUGGAUGUUCAGACCCAGUGUUUGGUUUUUUCCAUUAUGUUCAUAGAUUCUUUUUGAAAUAUAAAAAAAUGUUUCCUCUUGAA